ACGAAAAUUUUUAUUGCUAGUCUGUGUUAACCAUACCUAAGGAAUACUUAAUUUCGUAUUUUUACUUGCCUAUCGCAUUUAGUUGUUGAGAAAUGUUACAAUAAAGUUGAAGCCUAUUUAUGUUUUGUCCGCCAUCUUGAAAAUAAACGCGUAUGCUAAUUUAUGCAUGAUUACAUUUCUGACGUCAUUGGCUGGGUUAAGGCCAACAUAUACACAUAUAUACCUAGCAUAUAUACAACACAACACUGUCUUUACGGUAGUUGUUCGCGGUACCUAGCAAAUACAAUUAACUAAUAAUACAAAAAGUAAAUAUGCGGAUAUGUUUUCAACAAUUGUUGCAAUAAACUUGUCUAUUUGUGCUGCUCCCAUACUAUUAUAGAGCGCGAUUAUACGGAAAGUCAAGCCAGACGUAUAACAUAUUUGUGGACCGGGUUUCUUUGGCCACUAAUUUUGAAAAUCACACCAUGUCAAUAGUAUAGAAGCAUACAGGUCAAAACAGACCGAACGGCAUCGAUGCAACGGCAUCACGGCGCGAAUUUUCAGUUUUUAGAAGCAAAUAAAUAAAAUUCUGGCAGCAAAACGUGGAAUCUAUAGACAUCAAAGCAAUGCAUUAUCGUCGCCUUGCCAAAUCGCAUCCUGUUUGUGUGAGCCUUACACCGGGCGCGAUGCACCAAGGCACCGCGAAUUUUUAGUUUUCACUUUUCUGUGGCAGCUAAAUUGAAUUCCGAACGCAAAUUUUGGAAGGUAUGUAUGCCAGAGCAGUCAAAAUUUACUAUCAUUGAGUAAUCUGCAAGAAUAUCAUGAAAGGAUAAAAUUUAUUAGCUUCGUUGCCAAAUCGUUUGCGGUCUUGUGUGGGCCUUUAGUGGCGGGAAAUGAGUAAAUUUAAUAUCAAUUCAUCCGGAUACACCUUUGAUAUUUUUUAACGUUCUUCCGCUUUGGCGUGGUCUGAUAAAGAAACGAUAAUUAUCUGCACAGGCGUUGAAAGGUAGUAAAACAGCAUUUUUUCCAACAAUAGCCGUGCAAUGCAAGCGUAUGCUCAUUCUUGCUGGCAAUGCGAAGGGGCCAACAUGUAUUGUCCGGUAUACGGUUGUAAAAGUGACUUUAAAAAAAACACGAGCGGUGUACAUUUUUUUCGGUUUCCAAGUGGGAAAUCAGGACCGCAGCAAAGGAGGAGAAAGGUUUGGGUUGAAUUUUGCAAACGCAAAAAUUUCAAUCCAUUAGCCAACAGUAGAAUCUGUUCGCUUCAUUUUGCCGAAGACGCCUACGAAGCAGGGCAUUCGCCGCAAUUUCUGGAGCGAAUAGAGUGCAAGGAAGCGUUUCGAAUACGUUUGAAGAGCGAUGCCGUGCCAACACUAAAUAAAGCAUUGCCCGAAACUACGACAAGCUCCAGCAAAACAAGGACGCAUACGGAGAAAAGACGACGAAAAAAGGCAAUCGAUGAUCUUAUAAAUACCGGCGAAGUAGAAAGAAAAGAAUCUUCAAGUGAAAACGAAUUUGAAGGACUAGAAAGUCAAAGCGUGCCAAGUUUGGAGCCAUAUGAGGAAUUGCCAAAUCAGCCUGGGACAAGCAAAACGAGUGAGAUGUUCGAGACUGAAAUACUGUUCACAAACUCAAAAGAAAAGUAUACACAGACGUCAAAAAGGAAAACAGCAACAAGAUCAGUUAAAACGCAAACACAAAUGACAUCAGCUUCAAUUUUUUUCAAACACCAAGAGCGACAAGAUCGGCCGGGACACAGACAGUAAUGAU